AUGUCAUGCGAGGAGAUUGAGGAAGCUGACUGGGACGAAUACAUCACACCUUACGAACCAGAUGAUCUAGAGAUUUACUUAUUCAAAGAUUCUACCUCAGACGCUGUGAAUCUCGACUCACCAGGAAAGUAUGAUAUUUCCGACGAAGAGGAAUCUACUUCGGCUUCCAAAAGCCGCUUCAAGAAUGCGCUUAACACCGGCAAAGACUUCUUCGCACGAACAGGGAAAACGGCGGGGCUAUAUAACGACGCACUUUGCACGACAUGUAACGAGAUUGACUUCCACGAGUGCUUGCCUGAUCCGCCGAACGACAACAACGGACCAUCUACCUCGUCAGACUCGAAGCAACGUGCUAAAACUUUCUAUCGGAGCUUAGCAAAGAUACUGGACAACAGCAAGUUUUGCAAUUUAUGCAGAUUGUUGAAACAGAGCAUAUGUCAAGAGGAGUAUGACUUGCUGAAGGCUGAACACAUUCGAAAGUAUCUACCUGAGGGCUUCGGAAAGAACAAGAGCAUGUCUGACUGGGUCGAAGGACAGAAUGACUGGAGACGCGAAUGGUUCGGAGACUCUGAUCUAUGGCCAUUUGGUCAUGCUCUGGAUAAAUCGGAACCAUCUAAGCACACAAUAAAAGACGCCAAAAAGCUUUUUUCCGAGGCCGAAGCUCAUGACACAGAGUUGAAUAAUGUCAGCCAGAUGUACGGGUCGGCAGGGGAUAGCGCAACACAGGUAAUUGAAGCUGCGCAAUUCACCUUGGGUCUGGUCCCGCCCUCGACGAUAGAAGACAAGACCGCACGAGACCUUGUGGCGAUUGGGCAGACAGUAGUCAAUCAGCUCGCCUUAGCACAGAGCAAGAGACGUAAGCGACUUCCCUGUAUCUUCAUGUUCAGGAUCUAUUAUCGUGAUGAGAAAAAGGCCGGGGCCCUAAGCGUUCGUGUUUACGCUCACGGAGGGGCUCCGUUGGCCCCGCUGCAAGAGAUCACUCACUUCAAUCUACGAUUCGAGAGCACUGAGAAGCCACGAUGUUCUGAAAACCAACUCUGGUAUGGGAACAAAUUGGGACCAUUAAUCGACAUCCCGUUCUUCAAGCAUUGCAGGAAAGAGUGCGAAGAAAGCCAUAGCGGUGAGGAUGGGUGCGCUAGACCAUUGGGCACCCCUCGCGACCCCCACCCCGAGAUCGAGUUUCGACUUAUCAAUGUCAAAACAAUGAGCGUAAUGGUGGUUCCAUUUGCAGAAGUUAUGAGGGAAAACUCGAGAUAUCAGUAUGCAGCACUCAGCUACGUAUGGGGAGAGCUGGAAUUACUUCCUGGAUGGGUUCCGGUUUCGGACUCAGGAGUGACGAAAAGCUGGAAACAGAAAAUGCCGGACGGCAGUUGGUCCAACCCCAUAUUCGAUUGCCCCGACCGAUUUAAGCUCAGAAAAGGAUUGCCUGCGAAGACUCUGUACAGGAAAGAUAGCCUCGUUAAGAAGGCAGAUAGUAUACCGAAAACCAUUCUGGAUGCGAUCAAAGUCACAAGAAAAAUGGAUUUGGGAUACAUCUGGAUUGAUCAGCUGUGUAUAAUGCAGUCAGGAGACGACGCAGAUAGGGACGGUAAUCUCGAACGCAUGGAUUUGAUCUACAGGAAUGCGGUCUUUACUAUCGUUGCAGCAGACGGGCACGAUGCUGAUCAUGGGUUGAAAGGAGUAAGGUGUGACCGCGGUCAGCCCAAGCAAAUCAGCGAACAAGUCAUUCCAGGAGCCAAUAUGUCCUUACCCAUCAGCAUCAAGAUGAACGUACUACCCUGGGAAAGACGAGCGUGGACCUUUCAGGAGAAAAUCUUGUCAAGGAGACUUCUAGUCUUCACUGGCGGCUUCGCGAUCUGGUACUGCAGGCGCAGUAUCUUAAGGGAAGAUGUCAAUGCUCUGGAUGGUGAUAUUCAUGCAAUCAGAUUUCCUUGGCCCCGUCUGGCUGCUUCGAUGCCUUCUGGGGACAAAUUGAAAGACGUAGGUCUGAGCCUACAAAAAGAUGGUAGUCUCCGUCUACUCAGACGGCCGGAGAUGUCUGACUACAUUGCAGCAGUCGAAGAUUUUAGUUCAAGAGUUAUUGGCGAUGGUUGGGAUACUCUAAGCGCCUUCAGAGGUAUAUCCAAGGUUUUGGAAAGCUCGAACCUUCUUGGUGGACCAUUCAGACAAGGGCUCCCAGUCCAGAAUAUGGACGUUGCACUGCUAUGGCAAACCAACCAGCCGGCACGUCGACGACAAAAUGGUAGUAAGAACGGUGAGACCUUGUAUGCACCACCGAGUUGGUCUCCGUUUGGCUGGGAAGAAAUUUCCAAGGUUGAAGGCGACGGCGCUUUGCAUGCUCUGAUAGAAUACGCAAAGCCCUACGAAGUAUGGUCGGCGGAGUUGGGUAUGCUUCAGCGUCGCGAUCCGCAAGGGCUGGACGAGGAGGCACGAAAGAGAGCACAAAGUCUGGGAAGACUCUCGACAGAAGAGCGUAUUCGUCCAAUUCAACACACGUUCUGGAUUCUCGAUCACUCAAGUAAACUGCUCAAGCCGAUUGACGCCUACGAACGACUAAUGGCCAUGAACAAGAGCAUCCCUCCUGACUGGGAGCCUUUGAAAUCAGAGUCAGAAAACCAAAUCAGACUCAAAUUCAAACCGCCAAUCAAGCCAAUCAGUGACAGAAGCCUGAUGAUAUUUGCUGAAACAGCAAUGCUUGUACUCGAUCAGCAAACCUGGAGGAUAACAAGGACUAUUCACGUUAAGAACAACGACUUAUCCAGGAGGACGUUUGAGGACUCUGAUGCCAAGGCUAAAACCCCGGAAGAAACCAUCGAGACACGCCAGGAGUAUUGGCUACAUGCCAAUCAGGAAGCAGGUGGGGAGAACCCAGAUAAGCCUCAAGCAGACUCGAAGUUCGAUGUUAAAGACAUUAGAAUCGGUGUGGGCAGGAUUGAUAUGGCCGGCUUUGGUGCAGUUCGUAAGAAUGUCAAAGCUGUUGUUCUAUCCGAAGCACAGUACUUUGGCAACGAAGAGAUACCAGAUGUACUCGGUUAUCCGUUGUACAACGUUUUGCUUGUACACCAUACCGAAAAUCAAGUAUAUGAGCGUGUUGGUUUGGGUCAAGUUUAUAAGCGAAAUUGGAAGAGUAUUCCCAAAGAAGAAAAGGUAAAGGAGUUUUUGAUUUUGGAAUGA